AUGGCCUCUAGCAAGCUUGCACUCGGCCUCGCGGUCCUAGGUCUCGCCGCCGCGCAGAAGCCUGGAAACACUGCUGAUGUCCAUCCCGAGUUGACAACUUACCGAUGCACCGUGGCUGGCGGUUGCACGGAGUCGACUAACUACCUCGUCCUCGACUCAUCUGCUCAUUGGGUUCACCAAGACGGCAACAAUGUUGGCUGUGGUGACUGGGGAAACAAGCCCAAUGAAACGGCUUGCUCUACCAAGGAGGCAUGCGCUCAAAACUGCAUUAUGGAGGGUCAAACCGACUAUAACAGCAUUGGUGUCAAGACUGAUGGAGCCUCGUUGAACAUGCAACUAAUCGUUGGCGACAACGUUGUCUCUCCUCGUAUCUACCUCCUAGACGCGGCCAAGGAGAAGUAUGAGCUGUUAAAGCUCACCGGCGCCGAGGUCUCCUUCGACAUCGAAGCCAGCCAUCUGCCCUGCGGCAUGAACAGCGCUCUUUACCUCUCUGAGAUGUUGGCAGAUGGAGGUAAGAGUGAGCUGAACCCUGGUGGAGCUGCCUGGGGUACUGGAUACUGUGAUGCCCAGUGCUAUGUUACUCCUUUCAUUAACGGCGAGGGUAACGUUGAGGGCAAGGGCGCUUGCUGCAAUGAGAUGGAUAUCUGGGAGGCCAACUCGCGUGCCAACCAAAUUGCACCUCACCCUUGCAACCAGACCGGUCCGUACCUGUGCACAGGAGACGAGUGUAAAGCCGACGGUGUCUGUGAUAAGAAUGGUUGCGGUUGGAACCCCUACCGCCUUGAGCAGCCCAACUACUACGGAAGGGGAGCGGACUAUACGGUAGACACGACCAAGCCAUUCACUGUUGUUACCCAGUUCCCCGCCGACGAGGAGGGUAAGUUAAAGGAGAUCCAUCGUCUAUACGUCCAAGGUGACAAGGUCAUCAAGGCCGAAGUAGUGAAGAAGACUGGUGUACCUGAGGUUUCAUUCACCAACGAUGAAUACUGCGCUGCGACAGGCGCGACUAAGUUCUUGGACCUUGGCGCCCACGAGGAAAUGGGUGACGCUCUGACUCGAGGUAUGGUCUUGGCUUUCAGCAUCUGGUGGGAUGAAGGAGGAAACAUGUCGUGGCUUGACGGUGCCAAAGAUGGUGCUGGCCCCUGCAACGCCACCGAAGGAAACCCCACGAACAUCCGUAAGAUCGAGGCGCACCCCGAGGUGACCUUUAGCAACCUGAAGUGGGGUGAGAUUGGAUCGACAUUCCCUGCUGCUUCGGCACAAUAG